UCGAUUUCUUCUUUCGCACGUGUAGUUCCACCAAGUAGAAAUUGAAUUUGAAAACAGAAUUUUGCUUUUACAAAACAUUUACACUCGAUUCGUUAAAGAUGGUUAAAGUGCAGAAACCGAAACCCAAGUCUCUGAGCAAGAGCAACAGUAUCGAGGGUGUGUCAAAAAAGAAGAACAACGCCGAAAAGACGAAAAAACUGCCCCCGGCAGCCGUCUUGGAAGUGCCAGAAGCCAACAACAAAAAGGGGAAGAAUGCCGCGUUGAAAAAAGCAGAUGGCGCCGUCAAGGCCAAAAAGGAACUGCCCAAGCAGAAGCCCGAAAAGAAAUCACAAAAAGGAGAGGGCAAAAGGCCUUUGAUCCUGGCACCUCCAGAAUCCCCAGCCGCUCCUCCUGCCGCAAACAAAAAGUCGAAAGCGAAGCCGGAGAAGGCAGCCAAGAAGCCUCUGAUUUUGGCACCCCCAGAGUCGCCUGUAGUCGCAAAAAAGGAAGCCAAGGCAAAGGCCGCGGCGCCAGCUCCAGCGCCAGUCAAAAAAGCAGCUGCUAAGCGCAAGGCAGAGGAUCCAGUGGCCCCAAAGUCUGCUCCAGUCCCAGAACCGGCUAAGAAGUCCCAGAAGAAGGCAGCUGUGACCGAAGCCCCAAAGAAAUCCACCAAGCCAGCUCCAGCUACCGAAGAAUCAAAGAAGACAACUAAGCCAGUAAAGAAGGCCGCCAAGCCAACUGCUGCUGUUGCUGUUGCUGAAAAUACCAAGAAGGCCAUCAAGCCAAGUGCCAAGCCAGAUGCCAAGCCGGCCAAGGAAACUGCCAAAGCCAAGACUCAAUCGGCUGCUGCGCUUCAGAAGAAGUCCAAGCCUGCUCAGAAGAUUUCAAAGCCCGACAAGGCGCCAAAAGCAAAGAAGGCCGACAAUAAAAAUAAGAACAAGCCAGGCAAGAAAGGAUCGAAGAAAUCCGCCAAAGAAAAGAAACCCCUGGAGCUCACUUUUGAACUCCAGGCGUUUGAUGAAAAGAAGUAUGACGAAAUCGUUAGCGAAACAAACGUGAAGAAGGUGUGCCAGGCCCUGAAGGAUCUAGUUGCCGAAGAGGUGGCCAAGAAGAAGGACAUUUUCUCAGACUACCGCUACAAUCUCCAAGUGGCCAGUUACAAGAUCGCCAGCUGCCCCAAACGUGUGGCGAAGCUGACCCUGAAGCACUCCCUAGUGAACGCAGACUCUGAUGUGGCCAUUAUCGUGCCCGAUCUGCAGCGUGGCGCCAAAUUCGAUUUUGAACCCACCAAACAACAUUACGAGGAUCUUCUCCGUGAGGCAGGUGUUACACAGCGUCUUACAGUCGUUCCGUUUAACCAGCUGCGCAACGAGAUGGGACCCUUCGAGGCCAAGCGCAAGUUCCUGAACACUUAUGACUACCUGCUCUGCGACGGUCGUCUAUCCGGUCAGGCCACGGCAUUUUUGGGCAAGGCCACUCAGAAGCCCCGAAAUGUUCUACACGCCGUUCGUCUUAGCAAGGACAAUGCCAAGAUAGCAGAAGAGGUGACUCGCGCACUCCACCGCACUGCCUUCCGGCAGCUGGCCAAGGGCGAUCUAACUACCAUUCCGGUGGGCAACCACGAGCACAGCGCGGAGCAGGUGGCCGAAAACAUCCUGCUGGUGAGCAAGCAACUGCAGCAGGUCCUACCAGGAGGUCUGCCCAAUAUUCGUUCGCUGUACAUAAAGAUCGACAUUGUGGGUACAUCGGCCCUUCCGUUGUACGUCAGCCUGUGUGCCCCACCAGCCGAGACUCCUUAUGUGGUCGGACCCCGGGAGCAGCGCAUGCUUAAAUUGAAGAAGCAGGCCAACGAGGUGUUGUCUCGUUUCGCAUUGACCAAGGAUGCCGAGUUCAUUAAGCUAUCAGGGGAACAGGUAAAGCGCAAGGCCGAGCUGCGUGAAAAGAAAGAGGCUCUUUUGGCCGCCGAUGCUGCGCCAAAGGACAAUGACGGCGACGACACGGCUGUGCCUACUAAAAAGGCCCGCAAGGAGGCGGCCAGCGAGAGCUCUAAGGCUGAGGCCGAGUCCGAGGAAGGCGACGCUGAGGAGGAAGACGAGGAAGAGAGUGCGGGUGAAAGUGGCGAGGAUGAGGAUGGCGAGGAUGACGACGACAUCGAGGGCGAGGAUGAUGAUGAGGAUGAUGACGAUGACGACGAUGAUGACGAGGAGGACGAAGAGGAAGAUGACGAUGAUGAUGAUGACGAGUAAUCAUGCUUGCACGCAUAUUAUUUUUCCUUUAGUCGUAGGUUUAUAAUGGAUAUAUGCAAACCCUUUAUACUGUAACUCUGUUUGCAAUUUUUACAACAGUUUUAAGUAAUAAACGAAUGUUUUAAGAAUUCA